GGAAAAAUCAUCAUGAUCCAACGGAAGGAGUAACAAAAUUUAAGCAGUAAUAGUUUUCCACUUUAACGUUGGAGUAAGCGAGUUCCAUAAAUUAGUAGAUCCACAAAAUUCUAUGGUUCUCUGUUGCCCCGCCCGCUCUUCGAUUUCACCAUUCUUGUCCCUUGCUCGCAGCACUCUCGUGGCUGUCUUCUUCUCAGCCUCAUCCCCUGUGGGCCAUCCCAUCUCAGAAUUGUAAUCCACUACUAGGGAUUGGGCUUGAGAAAGAUUUUGUUAGGGAUUAAUUGAUAUUUUUUCUCGGAGGGAGCAGAAAAUGAGUACGGAUCUGGUGUCGCCGAGCACGCAUGGAAACCUGGAUGAACAGAUAUCUCAGCUUAUGCAGUGCAAGCCCUUAUCCGAGUCGGAGGUUAGAGCAUUAUGUGAAAAGGCUAAAGAGAUACUAAUGGGGGAGAGUAAUGUUCAGCCUGUGAAAAGCCCUGUUACUAUAUGUGGUGACAUUCAUGGGCAGUUCCAUGAUCUUGCUGAGCUCUUUCGGAUUGGUGGGAAGUGUCCUGAUACAAAUUAUCUCUUUAUGGGGGAUUAUGUAGACCGUGGGUAUUAUUCUGUUGAAACAGUGACUCUUUUGGUAGCUUUGAAAGUGCGCCAUCCUCAGCGAAUUACAAUUCUUAGAGGAAACCAUGAAAGUCGACAGAUCACUCAAGUGUAUGGGUUUUAUGAUGAGUGCUUGAGGAAGUAUGGGAAUGCCAAUGUUUGGAAGACUUUCACGGACCUUUUUGACUUUUUUCCUCUGACUGCACUGGUUGAAUCUGAAAUAUUUUGUUUACACGGUGGGCUGUCCCCAUCUAUUGAAACCCUUGAUAACAUAAGAAGUUUUGAUCGUGUUCAAGAAGUGCCACAUGAGGGCCCCAUGUGUGAUCUUUUAUGGUCUGACCCUGAUGAUCGCUGUGGUUGGGGUAUCUCUCCUCGAGGUGCUGGCUAUACAUUUGGCCAGGACAUAUCUGAGCAGUUCAAUCAUACAAACAGCCUGAAACUCAUUGCUAGGGCCCAUCAACUAGUUAUGGAAGGAUACAACUGGAGCCAUGAACAAAAGGUGGUCACCAUUUUUAGUGCACCAAACUACUGUUAUCGUUGCGGCAACAUGGCCUCUAUCUUGGAAGUUGAUGACAGCAAUGAACAUACAUUUAUUCAGUUUGAGCCUGCUCCAAGAAGAGGGGAGCCAGAUGUUACCAGGAGGACUCCUGAUUACUUCCUUUGAAAGCAUCUGACCGUUUGUUGAUUCCUUUGAAGAGGGGGUGUUCAUCUUGAGGAUUAAGGCGUUAAGGCCCGCAAAGCCUAACGGAAUGUAAAAUGGUACCGACCCCGAACCCGGAUAUAAGUUAUUUCCUAACCUAUCUUAGGCAUGAUAGAAGCGGGGAAGUGUAGCAGCUCCAGUGCUGCAUUAUAUCAUUUUGUGGAUCUCCCCACUCCACCCCAUCCCCACUGUUUCAUACGAAGUAUUAAUUUUUAUUUCUUGUCAGUGCAAGUGGAUAUGUAGUGUGUUUUACCGUCCAAGGUUAAGAAUUCAAUUCCUGCAUUGUGUGUUCUUUUUGUUUCCAGCUAAUUCCUGAAUGGUAGUUUCAUCAAGGCAAGCACCUGAUUUUUUGAAACUAGAACAUUUGAUUUUUUCCCCUUUAAUCCAGUGUGCGGACAUUGUAUGCCUGAAUCUCUGAUUAUUUAAUGUGAAUGUAUUUGUCCAAGCAAGCGAAUAAGCAACAAGCCAAC